CACCGAUUGAUGAUCGACCGAUCAUAUAUGCAUGCUACAGCUGAUGCAUGAUUCAUUUGAUGGUCGAAGUCUAGUUUAGAAAUUAGAGUAAGGAGGGGGAGCUGAGGUACGAUCGUUUGAACUUGAAAAUGAAAUAAUUUAAUGCUUCAUUUCCUCGAGAAGUUGGGGAGAACGCCUGCAAAGAUCCUGGAAUUACACUCUACAGAUGGAUUUCUGAAGGAUUGAAAAGACUCAAAGCCACGAUGAGGAUGCACUUUCUCAAGUUUGUACGGAAUGCUCUAGCCAUCAGUGUAUUGGUCACUGUCCUGAUGCUCUAUAUGUACCUCUAUCAUGUUCAUCGUGUUGACUCCAGUAACAGCAAGAAGAAUGUUUUGAAUGGUGCCGGCACUUUACAGACAUUGUUGAAGACUGCACAUGUGCAAGUGAAUUUACCAAGACUGACUCCUCAUCAAGUUAUAAAGAAGACUGAAGCCCUCAACUCUGAUGAAAUGAGCCCAAGAGACCUCUCUGAGACGUACUUGGUCAAGUUGAAGAACGCCACCCCGGAAUUCAGCUUUAGACGCAAUGAUUUCUUCUCUCCCUCAAAAUGUCCCAAGUCUCUCCAAAAGAACCUGAGUGCCAACUCUUGGACUUCAAAAUUGUUCCACCCAGAGAUUAAACAGUUGCUGACCAGCACUAGUAUCAGCAAGGCAGAGUACCAGCGACUUGUCAAAUAUUGGAUGCCAUUUGGUUUCAAGUAUCAUAAGAACUUCACCUAUGAAGAGCUUACAGAGGUACUCCGCCUGUUCCCUAAAGCCAAUUCCAUCUUUGACUACACACGAUGGAAGGUCCAACCCGAAUGUAUUUCCUGUGCGGUGGUUGGUAAUGGAGGCAUUCUGCGUGGUUCAGGCAUGGGCAAGGAGAUCGAUGGGCAUGAUAUGGUGUUCAGAGUCAAUAACUGCAUCAGACGUGGUUAUGAAGAAGACGUCGGGAAUCGAACCACCCACCUUGUACUGAUGGACCGGUCUCUUCGCUUCACAAAGCGUGAAGACAUCCCAAGGGAUGAGGGAAUCAAGUACAUCUUCAUGCCAUGUCGCGAGCAAGACUACAAGUACAUCAGUCAAGCAGCAACCAGUAAUAGUCCAAAGCUUCACCUGCAUGUCAGUACAUCCGAUGUCAGGAUAUUGCAUCCGGAUUUCAUCCGAUACGUUCACAAAAUCUGGGAAAACACCAAGUCAUAUCGGCCAACAACAGGUGGCAUGAUGUUCUUCACAGCACUUCAUGCCGGCUGUGAUUCAGUCAGCGUCUACGGUAUGGGCUUCACAGGCCAAUACUCAGAGCAUUACUACGACAAAGAAUUCAAGAAAUACAAAUCUGUCAAGGGCAGCCAUGACUUUCAGAGGGAGGUGGAAAUCUUGAAACACCUUGAUCAAGAUGAAUUGAUACGAUGGUACAAGAGAGAUGUAAAGGAAUUCAAUCAAAGAUUGCCACUACCGGGUGAAAGCCUGGCACCUCCUAUGAAAUCAGCUGUAAACCAGUCCCAAUUGACAAGUCGUAGGCAAUCCCACAGGAGGGCCAUGAUUCGCGAGACCCCCUACCAAUUAUACCGAAACGCUCCCGACUUGGUGAAGUUGAGACUCCGAGCUGGACUCUCCCGACACUGGUCUAAUGACCGACGGUUGCGUGACGGUAUAAAAUUUGAAAACUUGUCAAUUCCAUUAUCAUGAGUCAUUGUCGUGCGUCAUCUGUUGAGACAUUCUGCCCAUUCGUCAUUUUGCUAAUCCUCACAAGAGCCUUAUAUAGCCGCAUCCAGCAUUAGAUGCCAGUGUGUCAACUUGAAAAAAGUAAUGCACAAACCCCUAAGGUAAUCAAGGAUGCACGCAUGACAUCUCCUAUUAGGUUCUACUUGAAUAGUCAUACUCGGGACAAAAGAUGGAAUACGUAAUGGAGGUCUUAAUCAUCCUGUGUUAAGCUUGUGUGGUCAAGUGCUAUGUUUGCAGUAGUGUCCUAUGGAGAGAGAGACCAGGUGCGGUGUGUCUUGUCAAAUGCUGCUUGCAAAUCUUGCAGGUCAGGUACAAAAAAAGAAUAAUUUAUCAAAUCUUAGGUACAGUUGGCAGAUCUUCAGUGUCGUCUAUUUUUCAUUAAUGUCAGUCAACCUGAAGUCAAUUGCCAAUGUCACGUCUUCAUCAUUACCCAAGGUAUUUUCACUGAAGUCUUAAGCUCUCCAGACUUAGUUGGUCAUUUACUAUUCAGCCAGAUCGAACAAGCCACCAAAAAAAAAUUAAGCUCACCAUUUCAUUGAAAAGUGGCCCAAAAAACUCAUCAAGCUACCAUCCUGCUUUUCAUGCUUUUCAGUUUGCAAAUUAGGAAGGCACUGCAGUAUGCAGAGAAACAGUACUUCAAAGUUUUCAGAGGUUUUCUUGUUUCCAUCCAUCCUUGUUUCCUACACUUGUACCAAAGCACAAAUCACAUUUGAUAUCAGUCUAUUUAAUCACAUUCAACUCAUUUGAUUGGUUCAUUACAGUUUUCUCAAAGUUUGCUUCUGACCAGCUCAUUCAGUAACCUCGGCAGCUUAGUACUUUGGCUGUUACUGACACUUCACAGCAUUAGUACUUAGGGUGUUUUUUUCACAGUGGUUCUGUCACUGCAGAUAUCUUCAUGUGUAAUGCGGGAUGGAGAGUAUAAUACUUUAUAAUUUUGGAAAUUGUUGUGUUUAAUCUUUAAGAUGACAUUCCACUGUCUGGAGCAUUUGGCUAGGUCAUAAAUGUAAAUAGAUUCCCAUGAACCAUGCAGUGAUUGACCAUAGCUGCUAAAUCCUCCAAAACCCCAGAUUUGUGCAGAAUCCUGAUGAUUGACCCCAGCUCUCAAAUCCUACCAUUUGUAGCUAUCCCAAAUCCUACAAAAUUCAACCACUCAGUGUUUCACUGUGUUGAUUGAUUCAGGACUAUACAGGUCAGUCACUGCCUCCCCCCCCCACCGCCGCCGCCGCCGCCAGUGGUUUAACACAGUGCUGAAUAUUGCUGGAUUAAGGAAUAAUCUUAGCCACAGAUCAUGGAGUCAGUUGGUACGAAAUUGAAAGGGAUAUUUAAGGAAAAUUAAUAUCUAGAAAAUUCGAGUAAAUGAGCCCUGUAACAUUUCAAAUAAUGCCAAAAUUGUAAUAGAAAUUCAGACUUAAAAGCUGACUCACUCAUUUGCAGAGUGGAAAAUCUAUCCAUGGAAAAGUGCAGUACUGUAGCAGUCUUUACAACCAAAUGAACAAAUCUAUUUUACAAUAAAUACAUUAUGUAAAUAUAAUCAUAUCAUUGAUUAAUUAUAGCUAUUAAUUAUAGUUUUGGAUUUGCAAACUUCUGCAGUGCACAUCAGAAUUUUACGUUAUGAUUUUCCUGUCGGUGUAAAACCAUGUAAAUUAUUUUUUCUGCAGACAAAAGCUACUUUGAUGUUGGAAACAUUUGAAGAUUGUCUUAAUAAAGAGCUGUGAAACAAA